UGUCGGCGGGGAGGUAGUGCGGCCGUUGUCGUGGCCGCGGGUGAGAGCACGGCCUGGCUGUCCGUUAUCAUUAAAAAUAAACUGCAACCAUGAAAACAACGAGGCUCCAAACUCCCAGAAGACCAGUAAAGAAACCAUCAAACAACCUCAAAGACCCAGUUGGUGUUUAUUGCCGGGUCAGACCACUGACCUCUGAAGAUACUGAAUGUUGUGUUGAACUUAUCAGUAAUACUACAAUACAGCUCCAUCCUCCUGACGGGAUUAAAGUCAACAGGAAUGGUGAAUUCAAAGAGAUGCAGUAUUCUUUUAAAGAAGUGUUUGGAGCCUUUACAACCCAGAAGGAACUAUUUAAUGUUGUCGCACGACCCCUUGUGGAAGAUCUGAUUCAUGGCAAAAAUGGUUUGCUGUUUACUUAUGGUGUUACUGGAAGUGGGAAAACGCACACAAUGACUGGAUCUCCUGGAGACGGAGGCCUUCUGCCUCGUUGUUUGGACAUGAUCUUUUGUAGUAUUGGACCAUUUCAAGCAAAGCGAUUUGUUUUCAAGCCAGAUGAUAAGAAUACAAUGGAGGUGCAGGGUGAUGUUGAUGCUCUGUUGGAGCGUCAGAAAAGGGAUGCCCAGUCUUCCACAAUCCCAAAGAGCCUUUCCUCCAAGCAUAAAAUGGAUCCAGAGUUUGCAGAUAUGAUUACUGUGCCUGAGCACUGCAAAGCUGAGAGAGUUGAUGAGGACAGUGUUUAUAGUCUAUUUGUUUCUUACAUUGAAAUCUACAAUAACUAUCUUUAUGAUCUUCUUGAAGAGAUACCACAUGAUCCAAUCAAACCAAAGUGGAACAGCACUCCUGUGCGGAACGCUGAGUUCAUACCUCCACAAUCGAAAAUUCUUCGAGAAGAUUCUAAUCAUAACAUGUAUGUGUCUGGUUGCACGGAGGUAGAGGUGAAGUCUACGGAAGAAGCUUUUGAAGUAUUUUGGAAAGGCCAGAAGAAACGACGUAUAGCUAACACCACGUUAAAUCGAGAAUCGAGCCGUUCACAUAGUGUUUUCAUUAUCAAGUUGGCUCAGGCUCCAUUAGAUGCUGAUGGGGACAAUGUCCUUCAGGCUAAGGAUCAGACAGUAGUGAGCCAACUGUCCCUGGUGGACUUGGCAGGAAGUGAGAGAAUUUACAGGACAAAAGCUGAAGGCAGUAGAUUGCGAGAGGCAGGGAACAUUAAUCAGUCAUUGAUGACAUUAAGAACAUGUAUUGAAGUACUAAGAGAAAACCAAAUGUAUGGAACAAAUAAGAUGGUUCCAUACAGAGACUCAAAGCUCACUCAUCUUUUUAAAAAUUACUUUGAUGGUGAGGGAAAGGUUCGGAUGAUUGUGUGUGUCAAUCCCAAAGCUGAUGACUAUGAAGAAACCUUGCUGGUUAUGAGGUUUGCUGAAAUGACUCAAGAAGUUGAAGUGGCUAGACCUGUAGAUAAACCAAUCUGUGGUCUCACUCCAGGCCGUCGAUACAGGAAUCAGGCUUUCAAAGAAGAAUUGGCAAGGAAGCUAGAACUACGAGGAGGUCCCAUGUAUGGAGAAGACUCGUCUACUGCAGAAGCUCUGCUGCAAAGUUUUGCAUCAUUGCCUUCAGUUGAGAUAACUGAUCCCAAUGACGAGCAAACUUUACCACGUUUAAUAGAGUGUUUGGAGCAAAGGUAUAAAAUACGCCAAAUGGCAGCUGAGGAGAUGAAGAAAACUGUAAACGCUAUCAGAGGGAUGAUUCACGAUUGGGACAGUAAGUUCGCAGCAAAGGACAAUUACAUACAGGAUCAGCAAGAAAAACUGCUUGAAAAGGACCGGUUUCUUAAUGGACAAAAAGCAGAGACUGAGCGACUGGAGAAGAAAGUUAAAACCUUGGAGUACAAGAUUGAGAUAUUGCAAAAAACAGCAAAUAUUUAUGAAGAGGACAAGCGUGCCUUGCAACAGGAGCUGGAGGAGAGAGACCAAAAGCUGCAUCGAGAGUUAUCAGAUAAACGGCGCUUGGAGCAGAGAAUGCAAGGAGUGAUGACAGAUACAAAGAUGAAAUGGGAGAAAGAAUGUGAACGUCGUGUUCAAGCUAAGCAGCUCGAGAUGCAAAAUAAGCUUUGGGUAAAAGAUGAAAAGCUCAAGCAACUCAAAGCAAUUGUUGCAGAGGCAAGGACAGAGAGGGCCGAGAAACCAGAGAGGACACCAAGGGAAAACGACAAGAAAGUCCGUGUACAUGUGCGGUCGGCAUCUCCACCUUCAGUUCCUUUUCCUGGUAACAGUUUAGCAUCCCAACCCAUUAGCCAGAACUGCCAAGUAUCUAGGCCACAGCUGCAUAGGCGCUCUAACUCCUGCAGCACCAUCUCUGUGGCCUCCUGCAUCUCCGAAUGGGAGCAGAAAACUCCAGAAUGGAACAGAAAUGCUAGUGCACUGUCCAAGAAUAAACGUAGACUGCUGGAGACUCCACAAGUUAGGGACUCCAAUUUCCAAGAGAGAAGGCAGGGAGUGAACAAGCUGGGCAGCGGCAAAGUCAACGGCUAUAGAAGAGAAGGCGGAGUAGACCAGGAUGGACCCCAGCGGAAUGCACCACCUGUUCGCCUACGCCACAGACGGUCACGCUCAGCGGGUGGGGAACGAUGGGUAGACCAUAAGCCAGUUGGUAGCGUGGAAACAGACACUGUCCUACAGCCACACAUUCCCAAUGCCAUCACAGUGGCUGUGCCAAAUGAAAAAGCUCUGGCUAAGUGUGACAAGUACAUUUUGACACACCAGGAGCUUGCAUCGGAUGGGGAGAUUGAGACCAAGCUCAUCAAGGGAGAAGUUUACAAAACCAGGGGUGGUGGGCAGGCCGUACAAUUCACAGAUAUUGAAAAACUAAAACAAGAGGCACCCGGCAGCACGAGAAAACGUAGAUCUUCACAAUCAGCACCCCCUCAACAAGAAGAAACUACAGAAUCAGAAUGGACCGAUGUGGAGACAAGGUGUUCAGUUGCUGUAGAAAUGAAAGCAGGAAGCAACUUUGGACCUGGGUAUCAGCAUCAUGCUCAACCCAAGCGCAGAAAACCAUAAAUGCCAGAUACUAUAAACAAACUUCCUUCAACAGAAUAAUCUUGGGCAAUAGUGGGCAAUUGUGAAGUGUCGGCAGGGUAGAUGAUACUAUGCAAAAUUAGCGGGAAUGUGAUAUCAAUGCUGUAAACAUUUUUGAACUGAGACAAUAGUAAACUUAGCUGGCUUGUUUUGUAUAUAUUUGAUGUUCAGGUGCCGUUUCAUUGCACAUCACAGAUUAUGUAUUUUACAGUAUGAGCAUUGUGCUUACUUUUACAUGUGGAUACAAAUUUUAUACCUUUCCCAUGUAGAUUAAUCAUGAUCUUUUGUUUUGAGAUUUUGUUUUUUCCAAACAAAUAGCCAGUAUCACUGAAAGAAAAAACUUUUGUUUACAGAUUGUCUGUGGUUUUCAUAAGACCAUUUGGGAAAUUCUGUUUGUAAAUUGCAGCAUCCUAUAUGUGGACUUUUUUUUUUGUUGUUAUCUUUUUAAAGAAAAGAAAAAAUGAUUAUGCUUGCCACAUAUAUUUCUUUUUAAAAAGCAAUCAACAUUUGAUCACCAAACCCUGGCAUCACGUGUUCUGAGCUGCUGCUAUUGUUCAGUUGACACAAUGCACUUUAGAAUGAACCCAUUGUUUUAUGUGUAUAUGCAUGUCAGCAUCAAGGCAAUAUCUUUAGUCUCUCAUACCAUAAGCUUUAAAAUAGGCAAUAAUUUCAUUAUUACUUCAACUGUACAUUAUAAACCAUUAAACCUAAUAGAUUUUUGUUUAACAUGGUUUUGUUGGAAAUCUGAAUAUUUUAUU